AUGAGUGAAGAGGAAGUCCACGAAGCCGUGGCGGGAGCGCUGCGGAGCUUAGGGGAGACGGUCCACUGGCGGCAGCUGCCCAGGGCCUUGCACCAGCACAAGUGCGCACGGUUCAAGGCCUUCGUGAACGUGUGGCCCACGCGUGGCACGGUCCUGGUGCAGGGGGGGGAGGCCCCGGCCCUGGAGAAGGUGCUCAAGGAGUUGCUGGGUGAAGAACCGAACCUGCACACAGAGCCAAAUCCGGAGCCUUCGAUAGAGCAAGAUGCCUGGCACCUCUUCGUGGACGGCUCCUGCCCUGCCAACCGGCAGGUUGGCAAGACAACAGCUGCAGGCUGGGGUGUGGCCGUGUACCAGCAGCAAUCCGGCGAAAGGAGCAUCUUCGCAGAGCUCUUUGGGCCGGUGGUGACCGACCUGGCCUCGCCGCUGAGCUUGGGCGCCACCUGCGGCAGCAACAACACUGGGGAGCUGUCGGCGAUGGCGGAGGCCUGCCUGUGGCUGCUGGAUCAAUCGCUGCUCUAUCCCGCGGUGCUGCACUACGACUCGGAGUAUGCUGCGAACAUUGCGCUGGGCCGAAACAAAGCUCACAAGAAUGUCGAGCUGGCCGAGAAGCUGCAGAUGCUCCUGGCGCAAGUGCAGGCGCAGCGGCGUGUGCGGCUUUGCCACGUGAAGGGCCACUCCGGCUGCCCCGGCAACGAGCACGCGGACCAGCUUGCCGCCACAGGCGCCCGCGGCAGCUUCAGCUGCCCCCGCUGGGCGCGGCAUAUGGCGGCGGAGCAAGCGGCCCAGCCACCCGAGGUGUGCCCGAUCUUCGAGAACCUUGGAAGAGGACCCCUUGACUCGGCAAAGCGGCGGCCGCCUACGCCAGCCACCGGCGGUUUCGCGAAGAAACUCCGUGGCCCGGUUGAGGUGAUCCUCCUGGACUGA